UUUGAAAUAAGCGCAACUUUAAUCACGUACUCCAGCUUCUUCUCUUCUCUCAGCUCGCAGUCACGUACUCCAUAUUCACUUACUCCAUAAGCCUCCUUCUUCUCUCGUGCAAGUCAGCCCCUCCGACCACCAUCACCGCCCACCAUCACCACCGGCUCCUCUCCUCCAAAGUCCGGCCGUUCUUCUCCUCCAAAAUUCGCAGUGCUGGCCUCCAGACUCCGGCCGUUCUUCUUCACCAGCCUAGCUUCGUCCUCCUCUGCGUCAUCUUUACCGGCGAUACUGGUUAUGCUUCAUCAUCUAUCUGGUUUACAGCAUUCAAAUUCUUAUUGGAACAAACAGGGGCGCAGCUCUUGAAGAUAGGGGUACCUUAAAAAUGCAGAUUACUAAGUUUGCAUAAGUGUUUAGGAGGAGAACUUUUGAAAGGAUGUUGCGAUCAUUUUUGUUGAAGGAGACUGUGAGAUUGAAUUCCAGGCUUUCUGGGUUCAAUCAAUCGAGAGGGAUUCACAGCAGAAAUAAGAAAGCUAUGGAGUUUAUAGCAAAAGGGUGGAGUGCUAUGAAAGAAGUUGAUAGAGUCAUUGAUUAUUGUGAACUUAAUGACAAGCGUCUCAUUCCUCUUCUCAGGAAUGACUAUAUUCAAUCAUCUCAGCAAGCAUUCUAUUAUCUGGAGAAGGUUGUCGAACAGGUUUUCAAAACACCAAGGGAGGGGCCCUUUACCAAAAAGGAGUUGGAUGAAGUUCGAGACAAGUGGGCUAUUUACUUCAACGAUUGUGAACUACCCUCAAUGUAAUAAAUAGAGCGGACUUGUAGUUAUUCGUGACUCUUACAUUAUUUUGUUAUUUAUCGAUUUAAUUAAUUACAUUUGAAUUAUUUCGGUAAUAUUAUUGGAAAUUUGAAAUUUAUAUCAUUUUUGAGAAUGUCAA